ACCUUCACAUUUUAUAUCAUAUUACUGGGGGUUGUCAUCUGUGGCAAGAAAUGGCAGAGGAAUCUCGGUCUCUAGAGUAUACCCCAUCGUGGGUUGUCGCCGUUGUUUGCACCAUCAUUGUUCUUCUAUCUCUUCUUGCUGAACGAGGCCUUCAUAGACUGGGAAAGAUCCUGAAACACAAAGGUCAAGACGCUUUAUUCGAGGCCUUGCAAAAAUUGAAAGAAGAGUUGAUGCUUUUGGGUUUCAUUUCUCUUCUCUUGACGGUCUCUCAAAAUUUUAUAACCCGCAUAUGCAUCCCUAGUCAUCUUGCAUCUUAUAUGCUCCCCUGCAAAUUGGAAACUACUACUUCAAGUGCUUCAGAACAUCAACAUCAAGCUAUGAACUACGGCCGGAGGCUUUUGUCUACAGCUAAUUCAGUCCAAUGUGCACUUGGAAAGGUUCCAUUACUCUCACUAGAAGCAUUACAUCAUCUGCACAUUUUCAUCUUUGUAUUGGCGGUUGUUCAUGUCAUCUUCUGUGUCAGCACCAUGCUUCUUGGAGGGGCAAAGAUUCGUCGUUGGAAGCCUUGGGAGGAGGAAAUCAGGACAACGGCUACCCAUGUUCACCAUCACCAUCACCUUCGUUUCGAGCAACGUGCAUCUGGACGUUGGAGGAGGACGUGGGUUGUAAGUUGGAUGAUUUCAUUCUUCAAACAAUUUUAUGGCUCAGUUACAAAGUCCGACUAUAUUUCUCUACGAACAGGAUUUAUAAGAGCCCAUUGUCCUUCGAAUCCAGGUUAUGAUUUUCACAGUUAUAUAUUAAGGACACUGGAAAUUGAUUUCAAGAGAAUUGUCGGCAUAAGCUGGUAUUUGUGGCUCUUUGUUGUGGUCUUUUUGCUGCUGAACAUUGAAGGAUGGCACACAUAUUUCUGGUUAUCCUUUUUACCCCUCGUGCUUUUGCUUCUUGUGGGCGCAAAGUUAGAGCACGUUAUCAUCCGCUUGGCUGAAGAUUUUGCACAGCAUAAGCAGGGGGACAACGAAGCACAAGCAGUGGAGCCUUCUGACAGACAUUUUUGGUUUAAAAAACCCAAGAUUGUCCUUUACUUGAUUCACUUUGUUUUGUUUCAAAAUGCAUUUGAGAUCGGCUUCUUCUUUUGGAUUUGGAGUACAUAUGGAUUUCAUUCAUGCAUCAUGGAGAGAUUGUGCUACAUCAUCCCAAGACUUAUUAUAGGGGUGGUUGUUCAAGUACUCUGCAGUUACAGCACAUUACCUCUGUAUGCUCUAGUCACCCAGAUGGGUAGCGCUUUUAAAGAAGGAAUUUUCAAAGAUCAUGUGCACGAAAUGCUUGGAAGUUGGGCUGGCGGUUCAAAAAAAAUGACCAAAGAAUCGUUUGAAAACAUUCGUACUGAGGAACAAAUACCCGAUGCUGAUGCAGGAAUUACUGCAUCAGUAGUUGAGCUUUCUUGUAUUAAGCGAACUCAAAUGUCAUCUCCUUGAGUUUGUUCAAUAAUGAUUUGGUUUUCCCAAAACAAUCAAUGACAUUCAUAUAUACAAGCAAAUUUGAUUCAUGGUUGUGACUUGUGAGUUCAUUAGAUUCAUCAGUAUGUAAUCAAUCUCUUGCCGAUGAAUUCUAACAGAAAAGGAUGCUGAUAUAUUUUCUGUAAACACAUCAAUGCAGCUUUCUACUAUUAUGGUUUAAGAACUUGUUUUUCCUAGUUGCAAAAUCUAACUGUUGAAAUCUAUUUAUUUAGUAGUUGCUAACUUUCUAUACAUUGAUUGUGAGAUGUAAUGAAACUGAAGAGGAAUACAAACCAUUAUGCCCUGCUCUUGAAAAA